AUGAAGAGAGGCGCUGGGGUAGCCUCCCCUCACUCUGAUAAAUUACUUUUAGAUAUUCGAUUAUUGCAAGUGCUGAAACGAGAAUACGUCGUUGCUUGUUGUGUGGAGAAGAAAGAGACAAAACAAUUUCCGAAAAAAUCAGCUUUGCUCGGCCGCUGUUUCCCUUUGAACUUCUUCGGCACUGCUGCUACCCUGAUAGGGUUCUCACAGAAGAAGUGA